CGAAGCGUUGGGGGCAUGGCGAACUAUAUACUGGCAGGAUUGCUCUGCUCAAUACCUUUUUUCGGUGGCUGGCCGUUCAUUUUCUUCGUUUUUAGUAAGUAAACGCAUUUUGCUUCUUGACCAUUUUUAGAACGUUUCAAUCUCUAUAAUGGCCAAAUAUUGAUGUUUUUAUCAAAGACAUCAAAGACAUUACUUUUCUUCAACAUCAACGGCUUACCUUGACAUUUUCUUGCAAUUUAACCAGCAAGGGUAGUUAAUUUUCCAUUUCUGGAUAGUACCAUUCCUACCUAUCCUACUGAUUCGAUAUUCAAAUACCUGUCCAUAAUCACUUUUUCCAAGAUGCACUGGGGCUUGACAUACAGGAACGUAACUAUAAAUACUCUAUCGUUAAAAAUAACAACACGGUGUUUCUAGAUGUGCAGUUGAUGAAAACCAUAGAUCUCUUUUCGACACCUGAUUUGCCCUAAAUGUACAUGGUUGGUGUCACAGUCAAGCGGAAGACACUGAACCGCCUUAAAACCUGUUAUUUUUCUCCUCUCUUUUUUUCAGGGGUUCCCAUAUCAAUUUAUAUUUUGUCGAUUCUAAGUUUGAUGUUAAAGUCUGUAAUCUUUUUUUUCUAAACACAGGCGAUGAGGUUUGUCUAACAUAAGAUAGCAUCACUUUUUUCAGAAACUAUACAUAGUUGUACUAAUGAUUAAUGUAUAUAAGGUUUCUCUCAAUUUCUCUCAACGUUAGUUCAGCGAACAUAUUUGCGAUAACCAUUAAAUGCCAAUUUAUACCUAUAUAUUCUACACAUAUCUUAGACCGUUGUGAGAUCGUACAUUGAACGUACCUACAAGUUUACGUUAAGUGAUGCUAAUACAAACCAUAGUAACAUAUUGAUGUUUUGACAUUUCUGUUGUGACAAGGUGGACUGAAUGUGUUAGUAUUGCUGUUAUGGAUCUUCCUGGUGUAUGAUGCACCAAAUGUUCACCCACGGAUAUCAGCGACAGAAAAAGCUUAUAUAAACUCACAUAAAACGUCGGUUGUACAGAAAAAGGUAGAUAAAAACAGAGAUUCCUGGAAGCUCUCACAAAUAUACAGAGCAUUUACUUGAAAGUGCCGUCACGGGGAAUCUCACGGGGAAGCUCACGGGGAAGCUCACGGGGAAUCUCCCGGGGAAUCUCCCGGGGAAUCUCACGGGGAAUCUCACGGGGUAUCUCACGGGGAAUCUCAAGGGGAAUCUCACGGGGUAUACUGUAUAUACGACAUAUGUAACAUCUUGUAGUGUAGCUUACCGUCGAACCAGGUGUCUUAGUCGGUUGUCUAUGGGUAUGACCAGACCCAUUUCCAGUUCUCUAAACUUCAGCACCACACUAAGAAUGGUUAUAAUGUAUCUGUAGAAAUAAAAUAUUGACGAAUAAUAUAUUUACUAACAAUAAAAAAAAAAGAAAUAAUGGAAGCCAAUCUCAAAGUAGUUCAUUUUGAAUUUGUUUAAUCAUUUAAUCUCUAAUUAUACCCCGCCACAAAGACAACGGGUACACUGAAGUCAGGUUGUCCAUCCGUCAUCCGCCUAUCUAUAUAGGACGACUUCUAUUCAAAUUUUGUGAAAUGUCACUGAUGUAGUCAUCACACUCUAUGUUUUUGAGUAAACAAUUUGAUGGUAGUUACUUACCCUUCCACAUGUUUUUAGAUGUAAUCGUGUCCAGACAUGUCUUCCAACAUCUUACACCCAAGGAUGGAACAUUGAGUAUUCGGUAUACACGAAGUAUGUUGCUUACAGUUUUGCUCUGCCAUUUUGUAUUAGUCCACUAUCGAUCCUGGCGACAUUUCUAGCUGUGUUUGGGGCGGAGUGAGAAUCAGAUUGGAUGGGUAGCCGGGUAUUACAUGUAGUUCGCCCUCCUGAUGACAGGUUUAUAUAUUUUUUGGGGCUCAGUGGGAAUCAAGGCGGUUUAGGGGUAUUACACCGCCUUCCUGGUGCCAGUUUAAGAUGUGUUUGGGGCUGAGUGGGAAUCAGGGUCGAUUGGGGAGCGGGGUAUUACACCACCCUCCAUAGUGACAGAGUAGAAAUCAGGAUGGAACUGGGGGAACUGAGAUAUUAGUCGGCCAUUCUGGCGAGAGAUUCUAUUUGGCCAGAACACUACAUCUCGCGUGUUUACAUGCCAUACUAAGGUUUUAUAUAGAGGCAUGACAAUAGUACAUUGCUCUUUAUCCUGUUUUGUUACCAAGUAGAUGGUGAGUAAAACAAUGCUUAUGUUCUUUUCAAAGACAUUGACAAUACCAUGGGUGCGACUGAUUACCUCGAAGGCUGUAUGGGGUUGUGUGUUGGGGUUCCUUACCUACGGUCUUCUGUUUAUCAGCCUCGCCAUUUGUCUGCCGCUGUAUUUCGAACAAGUGUUAGAACUAGAUCCGACAUUGAAUGGUUUUGUGUCCGCCCUCCCAUUUGUCGGGCGAAUAUUUGGUGCGAUCUUGUUUGGUUACAUAUCUGAUUGGAUUUUCUCUAGAAAAUGGUUGUCAAUUACAAACCUGAGAAAGGUUUUCCAGGUAACAGGACUGGUUGGUGCUGCACCAUUCCUUAUAUGGAUAACAUACCUCGGUAAGGAUGACGCGGUCCUAGCAGUGAUCCUCAUGGUAGUCUAUUGGUUUAUUCUCACGGCAAUGAACUCUGGAUUCCGAGUAAAUUUUGCUGACAUCGCUCCAAGAUUUGCCGGAUUAUUAAAUGGAAUAUGCAUGUGUCUGAAUGGGUUUAUAUCCGUAUUUGUCCCGAUUCUAGUGACAGCAAUUACACCAAACGGAACCGCUGAGGAGUGGCAAGUGGUGUUUUAUGGUUGUGUUGGGGUUUCUGUGAUGGGGGCUGUCGUUUUUGUUCUGUUGGCCAGUGGAGAGGAACAGGAAUGGGCCAAGGAUACAGAGGCUAUCAGCGAUGUGGAGGUAAUGGUGACCAGUAACAACAGCAAGGUUUAUGGAUCGACCACAGCAGAUACGACACCGCUGGUUGAUAAUCGAGGAAAACAUAUUUAGACAUUUACUUGUAAAGUCAACAUAGUUAAAAAACAAAAACAAAAAACAAAAACAAAAACAAAAAACAACAAAAAACGAAGGGAGUCUGACGCGUUCUUAUGCAGUUAAUAACUUCAUUUAAACAUACCAAAUGUGGUUCAAGAAAUUUACUCUUAUUCAAAAGAUCUUUAAUGCUCAAGUUAUUUGUAUCAGUAACCAUCUCGCUUUCUUUAUUCCUAGGUCAGGUUUCUAGUUUCCUGAAUUUCAUUAUUUACUUUCGCUAAAUAGUAUUGAUCUUUAUUAAUUUUCUAUAUACGUUUCUUUUGGUCCUGACAUAUAAUAUACACUAAUCGGAUAGGUCUGCUAUCGCUUUUCCUCAGGAAGGGCUACAUUUAUCUUGGUCGCCUUAUGCCAAUGUGUAAUUUCGAUAAAUAAUGUUGUGUUUGUUAUAUCUCAGAAAAUGCUGGUUUGUUUGUGAAACAGAUUUUCAGAACUAACUAAGAAGCUUUUGUGUAGUUAAUUAAAGUCUACAUAUAUGUAGAAUAAUUAUUUUGAAUUUGUAUUUGUAAUGGUAUGACCAUCUAUUAUUUAUAUCAACAAGCACGAUUGUGUUGGGUUUGUGCGAUCUUCAUCUGUCGUAUGGCGGUGUGACAUUCUCACAAGAGCUAAGAGACUUAAGAUGUACAUAUUGUAACAAAUUAAUUGUUUUACGGUCACAUGUAUUACUUCAUGUGCAAUUAGUCACCUGCGUUAACUAAUGAGUUAAUUUAUGUUGGUUAAUAUGUGAUAUAAACUGUCGUCUGCUACAGCACUGCAUUGUCACUCUGGUGACUGGUUCACCUGUGUCAUGCUUGACUGCCUAACCGGGGUCAAGCAGCAUGUGUAUCAGGGGUCAGGCACCCAGUGUGGACAGGCCGAGCGAUAACAGACCUCAGUUAGUGACACUACAGCUAGUGGAGCAGACAGCAUGUCGUAGCCUCAAUUAGGGGAGAGUUUACCAACAGUCUAGGGUGAAGUCCACCCCAGAACUUGGUAACUUCUACCCAGGGUGAGAUUCCCCUGGUGAGAGUGUGGUAGAAUCUGCGGUUGACUUCACCGACACAACUAUUAUUGUACCUAU